UGCUGCUCUGCUACGCCUCGCGACGCCUAGCGCGCUGCGCUCAGCUAACUCAUACCGUGUGGACGUGAGAAUUGUGAAGUGUUUAUAUUAAAGGAUUUCUUCAUUUUGAACACUUUAAAAAUUGCUAUGUUUUUUAGAAUGCAAACAAUGUUACAAUUUAAGAAUAUUUUCAGUACUGUGUUUUAUAAGCAUAAGUAGAGUGCAACAGGCGUUCUAAGGGGACGUAAAGGGUUCGUGUAAACAGUAAAGAACAUUGUGAUUACAAGAUGCCUAUGGAUUCUGAAUGCGAGUGUGACCUGGUGUCAAAAGAAUGGCUGUUGGCCAAGCUGCGUUCAGACGAGAGGGACAUGAUUUUGAUCGACUGUCGAGGAUCAAAUGAUUAUGCCAUGUCUCACAUACGAUCCGCUGUGAACUUCUCCAUCCCAAGUAUAAUGUUGCGGCGGCUUGCGGCAGGGAAGAUAGAGCUCGCGUCGACGGUUCAGUGCAAGGAGUUGAAGGCCAGGAUCACGCAUUGUUGUUCUCGGGGCACAUUCGUCCUAUACAGCGAUGGAGCGCCCCGAGACCCUGACUCUGUACAUGGGAUCCUGCUUAGGAGACUAAAACAAGAUGGCGUGCAAGUCGUCUGCCUCGAAGGCGAGUUCAUGGAGUUCCGGCGAGCGUACCCCGAGUGGUGCAGCGAGGCGGGUGCCCAGCACGUGCCCCACCUGCCUCUCAUGGGCCUCAGAUCUCUACGUAUAUCGGGGUCCGGUUGUGAGGAGGCGCUGUCGUCAGGAUCGUCGUCGGAGUGCGAGGACGCGCACACGCACGCGCACGUUCAGCAAGAGUUCCCCAUUGAGAUCCUGCCCAACCUCUACCUCGGCAACUCAACCAACAGCGAGGAUUGCGACGCACUCGCCAGGCACAAUAUUAAAUACGUGCUGAACGUGACUCCGGACUUGCCCAACACAUUCGAGGCGGAGGGCUGCGGCAUCAAUUACCUCAAGAUCCCCAUCGCCGACCACUGGAGCCAGAACCUCGCCGUGCACUUCCCACAGGCCAUACGAUUCAUAGAGGAGGCGAUGUCGGCGCGGUGCGGAGUACUGGUGCACUGCGUGGCGGGCGUGUCGCGCUCCGUGACGGUGACGCUGGCCUACCUGAUGCAGCGACACCGGCUCUGUCUCCGCGACGCCUUCGAGCUGGUGCGCAGCCGCAAGACUGACAUCGCGCCCAACUUCCACUUCAUGCGCCAGUUGCACUGCUUCGAGCGCGACCUCGGCCUGCACGAGCACAGCGCCAGCCUGAGUAAGGUGCUGCAGGAGCUGGGCGUGCGUGAGGCGGGGGCGGGGGCGGGGGCCGUGUCCGGGGGCGGGGCCGUAGGGGCGGGGGCGGGGGCGUGCGGCUGCGCCCCUCCCGCCGGCAUCUCCCCGGACUCCGGCAUCGAGUUCGACCGCUGGAGCGCCGCACGAGACACGCCGCAAUGACAGUUCUUCACGCCGCCGCAACAACAGCCGCCGAUGUGAACGCGCCACGCACCCGCCACAGUGUUGCGCAGUGACUGACAAUGUGUGCAGUGUGACACUGUGCUCGCCACUCAAAGUAGCACUAGUAGUAAGUGACCUGACACUGUGCUCGCUCUGUGUCACACAAAUGUUCAAGUGUCGCGCGCUAUUGUGUCGUCCAUUCUUCAUAACUAUGAAUAUGUGUAAUUGGUAUGAGUUAAAGCAAACUGUGUGAAAUACUUACAUUUACAAAACUUCAUAGUUUUUUUUUUCUUAUAUGGUUCAAGUACAAAAAAUAUAAUUUGUAGCAAUUCACAUAUUCAUAAUUGUGAAGGAAUUUAGAAGUUGCACCGAAAUGUUAGUUUAGUUGUUGUAACUGCAGGACAUUAUAUUGUAAGUUUGUUGGAAUUUUUAAAAAUAACGGUCACGAGUGAGAAGUUUUGAUAUCCACUGUGAUGUCCGGUCUGCAUACAUCACAAUUGUAUACUGAAUUACCAAAGGUCCUUAGUUACAAACCACUGUAAUGCAAAAAAAAAACGUGGAAAAA